AUGGCUGCUCGCGAGCCUUCAAGAUGCCUCCAAAGGGCGCUUCUACGGCCUUCGCCAUCCCAUAAAUAUCAACAAUUCGCUUUCUCGAGACGCAAUGCCUCCGGACAGGCAGCGGCCACGGCCGCGAUUGAUGUUGAGACUGGAUCUUCUCUAUCGACACCUGUUCCUGAAUCUGUUAUAAAAUCAUACAACCCCAUUGCGCGUGCAAAACAGAAUAAGCUCCCUCGCAGUCGGUAUCAAUUCCGAUCCCCCAAAUACGACCGCGGCCCUCUUCAUCCCCAUCGCCCUCCUCCUCCCGCAGAUCCGUCAUCCCGACUCUUCGUCCCUGGACCUUUCUCUCUCCCCCGUGUCCAACAAACCUAUGAAUCAACCAUUGCCUCCGACAUCCUAACCCUCUGCUACGUACACCGACCCCCUGGUUUCCAAACUCCCGUAAAAGCACCGCGUCUCCGAUCAUGGGAUGACAGUUCCCCAUACCACAAGAAUCGACCAUUGCGCGGUCCCCGUGGUGGUGAUGUACUACGCCUUUUGCGCAAGCCCAUCACGUUCCGCAACUUGCCCAAGGUCGAGCGCAUCACAAUCCAUAGUUAUGUGAAAAACGCCGCUACGGAAGGAUCAUCGUGGCUUCAUGUUGCCGGUAUGGCUGUGCAGGCUAUCUCGAAUGUGCGUGUGGAGACGUACAAGUCCAAGACGAGCGUUGGCCCUUGGGGUAUUGUCCCGGGUCGAGACUCGGUGGCUGUGAAGGCUGAGCUGUACCGUGAGGACAUGCACCACUUUUUGGGUAAAUUGGUGGAUGUCGUUCUGCCCAAGAUCAAGGAAUGGAAGGGUGUCAAGGGAAGCAGUGGUGAUAGCAGUGGAAAUAUCACGUUUGGUUUGGAGCCGGAGGAGAUGGCUCUUUUCCCGGAGAUUGAGGUCAAUUAUGACAUGUACCCUGUCAAAAUGAUCCCUGGUUGCCACAUCACCCUCCACACAACCGCUACCACCGAUAAAGACGCCAGACUACUUCUCAGUGCGCUCGGAAUUCCGUUCCACGGCAAAUUCGUCAACUAA